UUAGUCCUCCAUACUUCUUUCUAUCUUCUUCUGUCAGUCGCAUUUCACGGCGACUGUCUCCUCCUUUCCAUUCUUCCUUUCUCUUUUUCCUCACUGAGAUAUUUUCCCUAUAAACAAAAACACCAUUAAAAUCAUCUCCCAUUUUCCCCAUUUUUCCAAAUGGGUUCUUUUCUCUGUUUCUCCGUCAUUGUUGCUCUCCUUGUUCUUCAGCCAUGUUUAGCCAAGAAAGUUUACAUUGUUCACAUGAAAAAUCACCAAAUACCUUCUUCUUUUGCUACACACCAUGAUUGGUACAAUGCUCAGCUCCAAUCUUUGUCCUCUUCUACUACCUCUGACGAAUCAUCCCUUCUUUACUCUUACGACACUGCUUAUUCUGGCUUUGCUGCUUCUCUUGACCCACAUGAAGCUGAACUUCUCCGUCAAUCUGAUGAUGUUGUUGGAGUUUACGAGGAUACUGUUUACACACUUCAUACAACAAGGACUCCCGAGUUUCUUGGGCUGAAUAAUGAUCUCGGUCUUUGGGCUGGUCACAGUCCACAGGAACUCAACAAUGCUGCUCAGGAUGUCGUUAUUGGAGUUCUCGACACCGGCGUUUGGCCGGAGUCGAAGAGCUAUAACGAUUUCGGUAUGCCCGAUGUGCCGUCGAGGUGGAAGGGUGAAUGUGAAUCGGGUCCCGAUUUCGAUCCGAAAGUACAUUGCAACAAAAAGCUGAUAGGUGCUCGUUUUUUCUCCAAAGGUUAUCAAAUGUCGGCCUCUGGCUCGUUCACGAACCAACCUAGACAGCCGGAGUCACCUCGUGACCAAGACGGUCAUGGGACCCACACAUCCAGCACCGCCGCUGGUGCACCGGUGGCGAACGCUAGCCUUCUCGGGUACGCUAGUGGUGUCGCGCGUGGUAUGGCACCACGAGCGCGUGUAGCUACGUACAAGGUGUGCUGGCCUACUGGUUGUUUUGGUUCUGAUAUUCUAGCUGGUAUGGAACGUGCUAUUUUAGAUGGAGUUGAUGUACUUUCAUUAUCUUUGGGUGGUGGAUCGGGUCCUUAUUAUCGUGAUACAAUUGCUAUUGGUGCUUUCUCUGCUAUGGAAAAAGGAAUUGUUGUUUCUUGUUCAGCUGGAAAUAGCGGUCCAGCUAAAGGUUCACUUGCAAAUACAGCUCCCUGGAUCAUGACCGUUGGUGCCGGUACCAUAGAUCGUGAUUUCCCUGCUUUUGCUACUUUGGGUAACGGGAAAAAGAUUACCGGAGUUUCGUUAUACAGUGGAAAAGGAAUGGGUAAAAAGGCAGUUCCAUUAGUUUACAGUACAGACAGUAGCGCAAGUCUUUGUUUGGCGGGUUCACUUGACCCGAAAAUGGUCCGAGGGAAAAUAGUGUUGUGUGAUAGAGGAACAAAUGCGAGAGUAGAAAAGGGUUUAGUAGUGAAGGAAGCUGGUGGAGUUGGGAUGAUAAUAGCGAAUACGGCGGAGAGCGGCGAGGAAUUGGUGGCGGAUAGUCAUUUGUUACCGGCGGUAGCUGUCGGUAGGAAAUUGGGAGAUUUUAUAAGGCAGUAUGUAAAGAGUGAAAAGAAUCCGGCCGCCGUGCUCAGCUUUGGUGGGACGGUGGUGAAUGUGAAACCGUCGCCGGUGGUGGCUGCGUUUAGUUCAAGAGGGCCCAAUACUGUAACUCCACAGAUUUUGAAGCCCGAUGUUAUUGGGCCUGGAGUCAAUAUUUUGGCUGCUUGGUCUGAGGCUAUUGGGCCCACUGGGCUUGAAAAGGAUACCAGAAGGACUAAGUUCAACAUCAUGUCUGGCACAUCCAUGUCCUGUCCUCAUAUCAGUGGGCUAGCUGCAUUGUUGAAAGCAGCGCAUCCAGAAUGGAGUCCAAGCGCGAUCAAAUCUGCACUUAUGACGACUGCCUAUGUUCGCGACACAACCAACUCCCCUCUCCGUGACGCUGAAGGUGGCCAACUCUCCACUCCUUUCGCUCAUGGAUCAGGUCAUGUUGAUCCCCACAAGGCACUUUCUCCCGGUCUAAUCUAUGAUAUUACCCCGGAGGACUACAUCAAAUUCUUAUGCUCCUUAGACUAUGAGUUGAACCACAUACAAGCCAUUGUCAAGCGCCCGAAUGUCACUUGUGCUAAGAAAUUUGCUGAUCCCGGGCAGAUUAACUACCCUUCAUUCUCAGUUUUGUUUGGGAAAUCAAGGGUUGUUCGUUACACCCGUGCAGUGACCAACGUGGGAGCUGCAGGAUCCGUCUAUGAGGUAACCAUUGAUGCUCCCCCGUCUGUUACUGUAACCGUGAAGCCAUCAAAACUUGUAUUCAAAAGGGUAGGAGAGAGGCUGCGUUACACCGUUACAUUCGUGUCUAAGAAGGGUGUUGACAUGAUGAGAAAGAGUGCAUUUGGUUCCAUUUCUUGGAAUAAUGCUCAAAACCAAGUUAGGAGUCCAGUUUCAUAUUCCUGGUCACAACUAUUAGACUGAAAGGUUUUUCACCUUUAAUCUAAUGUUUUUAUGGUUUUUCCCUUUGAUUUACCAACGAAAUUGUGGUAAUCAGAUCUGCAAAUGGAAGUAUUUUUAGUAAUUGAGUGAUAGGGAGGAUGAAGUUUCUCCAAAGUUUAGAUUUUCUUUUCUAAGUAAAGUUAUGCAAUGCAAUUAUAGCCCUGUUAUCUCUGUCUGUGAUGUAAAAUAAGUGUGGUUUUCUAAUUUAACAGAUACUUUUGCAGUUGGUAAAUUAA